AUGGAGGACGUAAAUCAGGAACUUGGAGUCCCGGAGGAGACACAAGCAACCGCACCAAACGAUGGCCCGAUGCCGGACGAUACGGCGGAUGAGAUUGAGGUGGAUCUGCUGCAGGAGAAGCUCGCGAGGCAGGACGACGAUCACGUCGACUCCACCAAGUCUUCCAUGGAGAGCUCCUUCACAGUGACCGACUGCAACUGCUCGUCACUGAUCGAGCGCACGGAGAAAUUGGACGCCAACGAGUUGCAACUGGACGCGAAGGUGAGCGAGCUGAUUGAGGAUCUCAUAAAGCCACACGAAACGCGUCGGUGCGAGGAAAAGUUUAAGGUUCUCACGAUCAGUGACGCUGUGGAAACGAUCGACGAUCUGGGGGUGACUGUUGUGGCGUCGGCAGCGGCGGUUGUAGUCGCCGGCAGCGGAGAUGGAAGUGAUAGCGGUGUAGAGUUCGGCGCAGGAUCCGGUUCCCUAACGGACACCGGUGUGUUGCAGCGGGCACUCAGCAAUAACAGCGCCGGUUACGCAAGCAGCUGCUACGGUCUGGAUGGGGAACCAACCGGGAUGAGUGUUUCGUGCAACUCGAGCAUGAUAAGCUACAGCUCUGAUAUCUACGACAAGACUGGUAAUACCGUCUUGUGCGGGCGGUUGAGUACGGAUUACUGUGCGAGCGAGGGUGGAAGUGAGAGCUCGUCCGUGACGGGCGGUCCGGUCAGUUCGCUGCGCAAAGGUGCCUGCACGAUCAAGAAGAAGGUGGCUGUGAAGGAACCACCGUUGACCCGGUCGCCACGAAAGUCCUCCGAGAGUGUGUCCAGUAGUGGUCGAAGCAGUUCUCGAUCCAGAGGCUCUUCGUUGGGACGCUCGGUUUCAUUAAAUCUGAAAACGACUCCACCCACCUCGGCUGCGAAUGUGGCGGCUGCUGCCAGAGAACGGGCACGUUCUCGGGACAAAUCCGCCUCGGCUGUCGUUGGCAGUGCCGCGACUUCCAUGUCUAGCAGUAUGAACCGAAUCCUGCAGACUCCAACAAAACCGAUACCUCCGCCAAGGCGUCCACUGAAGCCGGAUUCAUUGCCAACCGGGAUCAAGGAUUCGCCGUCCGGUCAGCGAGUGUCUGUCUCGCGUACUCCGUCCAUCACUCGGGGCCGUACGCCGUUGGCAACACCAACGGAUGACGGUCGGUGGCCAUCGGUCGGCGGUAAGAGUGGUGUCAGUUGCGGUGGUGGCAAUACGACACCGCGUUCCGUCCGAGCAACUUCGGCCGUCCCGGACGGAGGAAUGUCCAUUAAAACUCGCAUCGGGCCUUUGUCGCUGGACGGAACCAAACCGGGCCAUAGCGGUACGGGUUCUCCGAUGAGCUUGACCGGCGUUGCGGACAAAUGCGCCACCUUGCCUCGUCGUCGAAAGGAACGCUCGGCUGAAGAUUUGAAGGCAGGCGCCAUUGCUGGGUCCGGUUCUCGUAGCAACUCCGUAUCUCGCGAGCAAGUCUCGAAUCGGAUGGCGAUGUCGCUGUUCAAGAAGCUGCCCUCCAGCGGUAAGCCAGAACUAGGAGGGGGUUCUGGUGCGAACAAAAUCGCGCUCCUGUCCUCGUCUCACGCAAGAUUAAUGUCGUCUUCGUCGAAAAAGCUGGCCCAAAAGACGAAAAUCUAUCACGAAACGAGCGUGCAGACAGCCAUCACUGGGCAGGAUGUGGCGGAUGCCUUUGGAGGUAAUGCGCGGAAUAUCCGCAUUGACGCCGUGGAGAUGGUUACCAAGCAGACACAGUCAGACAUCCGCGACAAGGAAAUGGAACGACUCGAGGAGAAACUGAAAAAGGUUACGGGCGAGUACACGCUCCUGAUAUCGAAGCUGUCGGAGAAAUCGCAAAUGGUGACGUCACUGGAACAGAAGUUGCUUGUCGAGCGGGAGGAGAAGCUAGCCGCUCAAAGAGAACUGCAAAAUAACACCGAUCGGGUGCUGGGUAUGCUGGAGUCAAUGCAAGCCGUCCCGAGCAACGCAGACAACGGCGAAUGUGACAGUCUGCUGAUGUUGGAAUCACAGCUGCAACUAUCUGGAACAGUGCUAGAGAAGAAGCAGGAUGAGAUCGUGCGUCUGCAGUCGAUCUGCCGGGCGCUACAGAUGGACAUGGAGCGUUCGCUCAAGAACCAAGAGGAGCUGUUGCGCCAAAAGACUGAGUUGGAGGAGGAAUCUAGCGAGAUGCAAGAUUUCCUGCAGGUGGAGAAGCAAUCGUGCAUGGAUGCGCUGAAGGAGGCAGAGCAGGAGGUGGCAAUGCUCAGACAGAGCUUGCAGAUGAAGGAUGGCAACAUCGAACGGCAGCAAGAGGAAUGUCGCCAUCUUGUCCGAAUAGCUGAACAGAGAAGACAAGAGUAUCUCGGAAUGCAAGCUAAAUAUAACGCACUGGAAAGUCGCUCUAAGGAUAUCCUGCUGCAGCAGGGAGCUGCCGUCUCAGGGGCCUCCGUCGCCCUUUCGGGAUUAGGAUCACGGCUGGACAACCUGGUAGAGCAGCUUAUCGCAUCCUACAACAUCUCUGAACAGGAUCUCGAGGACGUGAUCUAUCACAAUGAGGCUUAUACGAACAGUGCGAGUAGCGGCGAUGGUAGUCCAGAAUACGAACAAAACGCAGAUACGUACUCGGGCAAACACCCGCAGCAUACGCAUCAUCAACUGCAGUAUCAACAACACUGUUCGGACUCACAUUCGGCUGCUAAGGGAAGCGCAAAAUCUGCGGUAGCCGGAUGUGCUGUACCUCUUUCUCCCCAGCGGGGCCAGUCAUUCAUAGCUGCCGUAAUUAGCGCCAUCAAGAACGCCACCAGCAAGACAACUGUCGUGAAGUCUGCCGUAGGCACAAAUGGCGUCCCUGUGAACAAAGAAUGCCGUGAAAAUAAUGGCCAUGAAUCGGAUUCAACUGAAAUGCUCGAUUCGGAAACGGAACCGUGUUUAAUGAUGGACAAUGUGCUUGAGGAUGUCACAAUGCCGGAUUCGCAUUCUCACAACAUGGUAUCGUCUUCAACGCGUAUCUCCCAGAUCGAAAUGCCGUCAUCAAUGGAAAGUGGCGUAGGACCUACCAGUAACGCAAUGACAAUGGCGCACGAUGAAUCGCUCGACAACCUUUCGCAGGCAAUUGCCAACCGUCAGCAGAUCGAACUUCAAUCCAAUAUGAUAGCCAGCGGACGAUCGCCAAGGUUCCAUCACUCGGUGAGCAGUAGCGAACAGCAACAGGCACGCAACUCGACAUCAGCAUUAGCGUCGACUGCGGCCUGUGCUGUGACGACGGCCCCGGAUCACACGACGGCUAGCCAUUCUUCGUCGCUGGACGAUGACGAAAACAGUUGCUGUGCUGAAGCAUCGAUGGCGGAAAUGCCCUCGAUCUGUGAGUACUGUAAUGCGCAAUCGCUGGUCGACCAAGUGAUCGAUGUAGACAAUCUGAUCACGAAACUGCUUAAAGUACUGCGCAUCGUGCAGAUGGAUAAUGACCACUGCAUACAGGAACUAAUCAACCACAAGAAUAAGUUAGCGAUCACGAAUGAAGAGAUUCAAGAUCGCGUAAAAGAAUGCGAGGAGCAGAAUUUCAAGCUUCAGGACGACCUGAAGGAUGCUUAUCAUCAGUUGCAGGUGCGAGGAAGCGAACUAAAUACCAAUAAGCUAGAUUUGCUGAAACACCGCAAGGAAAUUGAUAAAUUAAAUGAGGAUAUUUGUCAACUGAGUACGCUUUGUAGCGACAGCAAACAGACAAAGAAGAUUGUGAUCGAUCGCGAGGAGAUUCUAAACGCUUUUAAGCUCUGCAACGAGGAUGGGGUCGUGCCGGAGCAGGAACUUUCGCAAUUUAUCGUUCAAGCGUGUACUGAGAUUCCGAAAUUGAAAACGAAGUUGUUUGAAAAAGAGCAACAAUUAGCGACAAUGGCAAGCAAUGCAUCAAAUGGAGCCAAUCUGAUGAUGACCGCUAGCUGGCACCAAGCACUGAACGAAGCCAAGAGGCAGUAUGAGGCGAUAGAUCGUGCGCUAGAGACUUUGGACAGCGUGAAGUCUAUAGUACAACAAACACCGGCUCUAGCAGAAUUGCAGCGUGAUUUGGAGGAAACAAAUUUUGCGUCCGCUUCCAGUUUUCCGCUUGUAACAGCAGCUCAGCUUAGUCAGCUAAACUGCGGUCAGGUCGGGACGUCGAAUGGCAACGGUGCCGGUGUAAACGGAAAUGGUAUUAUAGAUCUGAAUGCCAAUGAAACGACCAUCGCAAGCGACGGCACAGGAGUGAGCGCCGAUGCAAACUGUUACAUUGAUUCAACUGCUUAA